GUUCCAAAAAGAUAGUAGGUUUGUUUUGGUUCCUGCUUUUGAGCAGAAAGAAACUGUUGAAUAGUUCCGAACAAUUCUUUAGUAAAUGAAGAACCAGCAGUUUCAUCUAAAGCGUACAAUAAUAGAUUACCCCGCUUAUCACCCAUCUGAUAACCAAGUUGUUCCUGCUCUUUUGUCUGACUUGAACAACCUGUUUCUUCUAUUUUCAGUUCAGAGCUGUUUGAGUCGUCCUUCAUCGAUUUGGACAGAGACUUCAAGGACACGUCUUCCAAUUUAAUCCUCUUCUUUCGUUGCUUCUCAACGAUUUCUCGAGUUUUCUCCAAUUUUUGGGCUUUUAGUUUUUCUGCUCGGGCUUCUUUCCUUCUUUUUUUAGGAGGCUCGUUUUGCUCCUGUUCAUUGUUGACAGGUUCAUUCUCAAUCUUUUUUUCCUGUGCGUUUCCUUCUGACUUUACAACUGUUAACUUUCCUGUUCCAAAGCAUCACUGCUAUGCACUUACCAUUUUAUGGAGUAUAUUGAAUAAUUGUUAUGGAGGCUAGCAAGCUAAACUCACAAUGCAAGGAUUUUCAGCUAAACCGAACAGUUUCAAUUUGUAAUAAAAGAUUGAAGAGAAACAAAAGAAGAAAUUUUUAUUUUCUUUAAGAAUCUUCAGUUUUUUUCUUUCUUUUUCUGCCCUUUGUGCUGCUUCUAUUAUGAACCACCAUCUCGCCUUACUAUAAAUCAAGAACGAAAAGAGCAUAUCCGUUUUGAUUCUUUAGUUCUUUAAAAUUAUUCACAACGUCUACAUUCUUCUAUAAACUUGUCAAAGAAAAUCCCCCAAUGUUACAUUUCUAUGAAUAUCAUAGUCUUUACUCGAUAAUACGAAACUAGAAUACCGCGACGGAACGAGACUAAUUAGUGCGCUGAAUAUUCGUGCAUCGUGUACUACAUCCUAAAUGUUCGUUAAAUGUUUUGACAAGGUAACCGUUACGCGUCCUCAGCAAAGUUGAUGAAAACAUUUUACGUGAAUUGUUUGGGUUUUAUUUGGUUUAAAUAUUAAGAUUUGUUAUAACUUUUAGAAAAGGAUUAUUAAGGAAAUAAUUAUACUGCAAUCGUUUCGAAUUCGGGAGAUAUUAACGCAUAAGAACUAUCUGUCUUUUUGAUUUAUAUUCGCUCGUUACGAAACUUACAAGAUUUCGAGUAUUGGUUUUUUUAUUUAUCACAAACUAUAAUUUAUUAAUGCUUGUACUGGUUGACAAUGAGUGAAAAUGAGUCUGGUGCAGGACAGAUACUUCAUCAAAAACGAGGUUUUUCAGAGCAGGAGGAUGACUAUUAUGAGGUAAAUAAGGUUUCAAAAAAGUACCUUCUGGAACAACUACAAACAAGCCGACGAUGUUAUGAAGCGUCAUCCAACAGCUUGGAAAAACAAAAGACCAUACUCUAUGAUAAAUUACGACACAUCGCGUUUCUCCUCAGUUGGUGGCCUCUAAUAGCUCAACAGUUUUAUAGCAUUUUCCAAAAUCGCGAGUCUGCUGAUUUUGGGACUGAACAGUCGAUUGCGCUCUUGGAGCAGAUUCCUGACAUGGAACAUAUAAAGAAAUCGCUUGAAAAUGACCAAUCUGCAAUUCGAGCAAUUUUAAACGAAUCUUUUACUUCAGAAAUCUUGGAGAAAUUAUCUUCAUCAACCGAUUCUCAGUCUGCUUUCACUUUUCCCAUAAAAGAUAAUUCCCAAUUAAGUGAACGUAAAGAGACUCUUGAUUCCGAAAUAGAAAGAGUAAUGAACGAUAUCCAAUCUACAGAAGAUCGCCUGCAUAGUGCUCUUAAACUUCCCGAGCGGUCUAGUAGUUACACAUUACGAUGCAUUAAUGAAUCCGUAAGUUCGCAUCCCUCUGCGAAAACGGAAAGCCAAAAAAAUGGAAUGGAAAACGGUACUUCUGUUGGUGAAGCUUUGGGGCAGCAAUCUCAGUUGCAAGAGCUUUCCCGGCUACAAGAAGAGCAACAAGUCAUAAUGAAUUUAUAUUCUCAGCAGAUGUCUUCUAUGGAUUCCAAAUUGAAUGAGAUUGACAAUGUCAUUCUUAAGCGAAAAAAUGAGCUUGGAAGUGUUGACUGGGAACAUCUCCAGAAAAGCCCUUCACUAUUGAAUUUAAUGCACGUUGUAACUUUGACGUCCGCUCAAUACGAGGUCCUUCAACAAUUGCAUAACGAAUGUUUUGAAGAUAAAGAAUUUUUUCUGCAACAGAAACGGAACUUCGAUGAUUCUUCUAGGUCACAUUACCAUUCCAUAUUGUAUGAUUUAGACACGCAAAUUGCCGCACUUCAGAAAGAUGAACGUAGAAUUGCACAAGCUAAAGAAGAUCUUUUGAAAGCAAGUGAAAAAAAACAAGCAGGCCUAAAUGAGAAAGCUGGCUCCUUAACCGAAAAAGUAGAUAAACUUAAGGAACUAGAUCUCCAGGUGGAAGAAACCAAGAAAAAGACGGAAUCAUUAAAAGAUUCUGUUACUACUAAGUUAGAAAAUGGAAAGAAAUCUUUGCUUUUUCAAAAAGAGUUAUCGAAAUUCUUAACUCAAGAAUUGGCUCAUACCGAGCGGGCUUUCCGCCUAGCUAAUAAACAAGUUUUAAACAAAAAUGAUUUGCGCUUGGAAGAAUUAAUUAAUAGAUAUAAACUCGAAAAGGAUAAAGCAGAGCAAAAAUAUUUUGUUACCAUGAAAUCUGGAGAUAGUCUACAUGCCGAGGUUAAAGCAUUACGUGAAAAAUACAAGAAAACGGAUGAGUUUACCUCUAAAAUGUUACAUUCUCAACAUUUGAUUACCUUGGAAAUUGUGAAAUUAGAACAAAGUAUCUCUGAAUUAUCGGAGGUUCGAAAUACGUCUUCAAGACACUCGGUUGAGUUUCAAGUUAAACAAGCAACUCAUAAUUUUUCGAUAGCUAGCCAAGAAGAGAAGGUGAAUAAUUUAGAGGGAAUAAUUGAAAAGGCGAAAUCCGAGUUAACCGAUUUGAAUGAACAGUCAUCAAUGCUAUCAUCAAAUAUUGAUUCCUUGGAAAAAAGAAAUGAACGUCAUGAAUGGCAAAAGCAAAAAUUGAACAACAGUGCUGUAUCUUCAUCCGAAGAGGAAAUGAAGAUGUAUAGAGCUAUGUGUAAAUGUUCUGUUUGCAAUUUUGAACGUUGGAAAAAUUCAGCAAUAUCACUGUGUGGGCAUGCUUUUUGUUAUGAAUGUAUUCAAAAAAGAAUAGAAACACGUCAAAGACGCUGUCCUAUAUGUGGCCGGGGAUUUGGAGCUUCGGAUGUUGUUCCUAUGCAAUUAUAAUUUGCUUGUCGUACUGUACAUGCUUAAUAUGUAAAGUAUAGAAACAUAAUGGUCAUUGGUUCACCCUUUGUGAAUAAUUGAAUUGGGGGUUAUUUAGGAUUUCAUAAUUAAUUACUCUUUUUUAGAAAUAUGCAUGUGCAUCGCAUGUAAACUUGUGAU